CAUAGAACAUUGGCAAAACAAAAAUCUUCAAUUUAAGCGGGAAAGCACUAUUUACCAAUUAAGUAAUCUCUAAUGUACAAUAGUUUCAUUUCAACAACAAUACAUUACCUACACAUUCUUAAAGAGAAGCUAUGGAAUCCUUACAAGCACUUCAAGAUUUCAUAAAAACUAAGGACAACUUUCGAAACUUUGUGAAUUCUUCAGAGGUUCCGUCUGUUUGUAAAACCGAACCCUGUAUGCUAGGGGUGGACGAGGCAGGACGUGGGCCAGUGCUUGGGCCCAUGGUGUAUGGCGUAGCUUACUGUCCCUUGAGCCAAACGAGCGUUCUGAAGGAUCUAGGCUGCGCUGACUCAAAGGCGCUAACUGAAGAGAAACGAGAUGAUAUAUUCAGGAAAAUGCUUACUGAAGAGGCCUCUUUAAACAAUGUGGGCUGGGCUGCAGAGAUUAUAUCUCCUAAUUACAUAUCUAAUUCUAUGUACAGGCGAGCGAAGCACUCACUAAAUGAGGUGUCAAUGAACUCGGCAAUAGAUCUUAUCAAGAAAGUGGCAGAAUCAGGAGCUAACAUCACAGAGGUGUAUGUGGAUACCGUGGGACCUCCGGAGAAGUAUCAAGCCAAACUCACUGAGAUCUUUCCCAACUAUAAAAUAACUGUAGCAAAAAAGGCUGACUCCAUAUAUCCUAUAGUAUCAGCAGCUAGUAUUGUAGCCAAGGUGACGAGGGAUCAUGCACUGAAGGUCUGGCAGUUCAAGGAGGGACUAGAGAUGACACAUGCUGAAUUUGGCAGUGGAUAUCCUGGAGACCCCUUAACGAAGAAGUUCAUCAGAGAGCAGAUUGACUAUGUGUUUGGAUACCCAAUGCUGGUGCGCUUUAGCUGGUCUACAGCUGAGGUGAUGCUGCAAGACAAAGCCGCUACCUGUACAUUCGAAGAAAUUGAUGACGAACUUCCUAAGAAAAAAGUGAAAUCAAUCAGCUCUUUCUUCUCUGUGAAAUCUGAGGAUGGCGAGAAGAAAAGGAAGAGACAUAAGUUUUUUGAGGAAAGGUAUUUGUCUAUGGAUAAUGCGUUUGAAUAAAUAUAGUUAAGUAAAAUAAAGUACUGGUAUACAUAUUUUGGGGACCAUUAUGUACCCAGUAUCCACUGUAAUAUAAUGAAGCAUUUGUACACUAGUAAGUUAAUUAGCAUUUGAAAAUCAAUUUUAUCACAUUUCUUAUUCGAAUACAUUACCUGUUAGGAUAAUCUUAAUGUAAUCAGAUGAAUUAGUAAAAACCAAAGAGGAUAAAAUAGGAUAGAGCGGUACUGUCAUAGUAAAUUUUGUAACCACAGUAAAUUCACUGCCAUCUGAUCGAGAAUCAUAUUUUCGUGAUUUUCGAGGCACGUUUUUUCCUUAGACUGUAUCCAUCUAUUACGGAGUUAUAUAUAUCUUUGGUAAAAACGUAUUAUUUUAUACGUCCAUUAAUUACGUUAGGUGCACAGGGGGGAGAAGGGGGCUCGCCAAAUAUCACGUUUUUAUUGGUAAGAAUAAGUGUUAAACUGCAGGGUUGAAUUUAGAGCGCUCGAUUUCGUCAGUCGAAAAUCUGUGGAUAACGGCGAAUUGUGAUAUUUUUGAAAUUGGUAUUGACCACUCGUUUUUAAUGAAACAAAUAUUCCUCUUGGAUCAUUUUAAUGAAGUCUGUCAAAAAAUACAUUUGAACAUACAGCAGUUAUAUAAAAAGUAUGUACCUGAUGGCCAGUUUCAACAGUUUUCAAUGCCUAAACGACAUUUUAUGAGAGGGGGUUGGGGGUCAAAAAAUCCUCAAAAACAUCUCACGCAAUUAAUGGACGCCCCCUAAUACUUGUUUACAACCAACUUUGAAUACCUAUGUUAUAAAUAAAUAUUUGGAUGCAAUAAAGAACUGAUAAAAUAUCACAAGUGUUUUGGCCAGUGUUGAGCUUUCGAUAAGACGAUCACGUAAAAAAAAAUGCACUCAGAUUAACCCUUUAACGGGCAGGAUUUUUUUUUUUUUAAUUAUAACCUCAAUGACACUUAAGAGGAAAGGGGACGGCCGUUUCUUCAUACAAACGUAGUCCCCAUUUAAAUCCAAUAUCCAAAAACGAAAAAAAUCAAACGCAGGGACAUAGCUGUGGUUGAUAUAACAACAAAUUGUGUCAAAAUAAUUACCUACCUAACCCUUAUAAUAUAACUAAGAACAGCUGUAUAAAGUAAUGAAAUAAAUUCAUUUGUAUUUGUAUUUUUUUUUUUUGAAAAUAUUUUCAAUAAUGUUAUCUACAGAGGAAAAUGAGGACUACGUUUGUAUGAAAAGGCGAUUUCGCGCGGGUCCUCCACUUUCGUCUUAAUAGUUCCAAAAUUUCUGCUUAAAAAAAUAUGCAAAAAGAUGAUGUUAUAGGCUGGUCAUUUUUGCCUUAAAGUAUCUUAAGAUUUAAAAAAUUACACGAUUCAAGUCACAUCGCCUCCGUAGUCGUAAAUAUUCUGCAUAAGAAUAAAAUUCAAAAACAUGAUGUAAGAAUAUUCAAGUUUUUAACCCGUAAAGGGUUAAAUUAAACAGUUGCAUUUAAGCCAAUCAAAAAUUCCUUUUAUUGUUAUUUGAUUUAAUUGAAAUACUUGUAUAAAAACUUCUAUUGUAACGCCCUAGGAAGUAGUUAAUUGUGUAAAUAGUAAUUACACUGUACUUGUAACUGCACCUCAGGGCCCGGAUGUUAAUCUUACUUUGCAAGUGAAAACUCCUGUUAUUGCAUUGCUGAUCAGUAGAAAUCGACGCCAAUUUAAAUACAUUUUAUGUAAGUAACUGUCCUUUCUUUACCCACCUACGCCAAACAAUGUAGUGGAUGCAUGCUUGAUGUAUUGAUAUGGGUAUUGGCGGGGUUCCAAGUUUGCACUUUUGAAUCAGUACACAUGCAGAUAUUUAUA